AUGGAGGAGCUGCUGUGGGAGGCGCGACAGCACUGCGAUGAGCUCACAAAGGAAACGUCACACUUACGAGCACAAGCUGAUGUCAGCUCUCAGGAGGUGUCUGACCUGCAGGAAGCUUUGCAGUGGAAGGAAAAGAAGAUUACAGCAUUGGAGCGUGAAAAGGAACUCUAUGACAUCAUUCGGAUGGAGAAAGACAAGCUUAAAGUUGAGGUGAUCAACCUCCGAGAUGCUCUCAAGAGACACACAUAUGGCAUUCCUUUUGGGGUCACGGUCAGUAGGGAGAUGGGAUUUGCUGAGGCUGAGGAUCAGGUCAGCAACAGCUUUGCUUCGCAAUUGGCGAUGGUCGCUCCUAGCAGCAGACAGACAAUGUUAGGGAACACUGGAGACAAAACAUCCCGCCGCUGUCAGAUUCAUCAAAACAAACAGUCCCUUGGCUUCAUCUGCGCCAGCAACCGCACCCAAGCUCCAAAUGAUAGUAAAAAAAUGACAAGAAAAAAAGGCAGUGCAGGAAGAAAAAUCGAUAACAAGAGAAGAGCAAAUGGUCAUUUGGGGAAAUCACUCUCUGGACUGAAUGGACGUGAUGUUCUACCCACAAACAGAACAUUCAAAAAGCAGAGUGACAACACUGAGCAUGAGUGGACAUCACCGCAGUCACCAGAGGAAGCCAGUCGCUCCAAACAUCAGUUUGAAGGCCACACGGUACAUCAACACUGCCUGUCAUAUGUUUGGAGGACUUCAGAUAAAAAAUUGCAAAAAACAAGACUCACUAAACUUCAACUUGGCAGGGACGCGAUCGUAAGACACAGGACUGUCCUAUCCAGGAGCUCAUUGUACCUGCAGAAAACCCAUCAUGUCACCUCAGCUUUGUCACAACGACACAAAGAUGAAAAGUGCAUGGAAACUCUUGAGGAAGAAAGAAAACCCAACUGUUUAGAAGAAUACAACAAGCGUAGUUCAUCCAUUAAGGAACUCUUAGGACAACUUCUUCAGUACACAACGUUGGCGUAUGACAUUUAUCAUUGGAAAGAUCCUGCGAUAAACCAGCAGCUCACUUUCUCAACACCAUCUAAAAUGAAAAAGAACACCUAUGUGGAACCGUCUUUCCCAGUAAGUCUACUAAGUCAAGAAGACCAAGAUCUUCCUGCAACACAUGAGCUGGAAGUAAGAGCAGAUACGUCUGAGAUCAUGUGCAAAACAUGUCAAAAGUCAAAUUGUCUAAAGAGAAAUAGAUGCUUGACCGACUUAGUUUUUGUGGAUUCUUACUUUGCUCCUGAAGACUUCAUUACAAGGCAUCAGACAUCAUCAGAACGCUCUGCUGCUGCUGCCAGUCAGAGUCAACCGCGAAACACUUUUUUUGAGCACAUCAAAAUCUUAUCAGUUCCACACAGGCUGCUGAUGGAUGUCCGAGAAGGAAAACUUCUUGACCAGCAACACUCUGGCCAGUUAAUGGCCACACAUAUGCCGGCAAACCAAGAACCUUCAGCGGAUGCCAUGGACAGUUGUGAGGAAGCCAGUGAAGAAACAGAGGUGCCAUCGGCUUCAGAAGACACAAGUGAGACAGGAAGUGAAAAAGCAAAGCGAAAUAUCAAGAAACACAAAAACCAAUGCAAGCUCUCAUAAUUGAUCGAAGUAACGAUUUAGUAAAUGUUGGUUUGGCCUGCAAAUCCCUGAAGGAGUACUAUGUCAUAUCAAAAGGGUGUCAGCAACAAUAAACAAGCCGAAGUUGGCACAUUUACAGGUUUAUUAA